UAAGGGGUUUUAUAAUUUAGAUUAUUCUAUCAUAUAGGCUGAUUUAACUUAUGACGUAGUUUUUUUUGACUGCUUCUGUCCUGAUUCGGGCGACAUGCCACCAAACGAAAGCGAUCGAGACGUUGAUCAUUCAAAUAACUAUAACUUUCCAAAGGUCGAAUUACAUUGCCAUCUUGAUGGAUGCUAUCGAUUUUCCACUAUUGCAGAAUUGGCAAAGUAAAAAACGAGGCAUAUAUCUACAAAAAGAUGAAUCAGAAUUGAAGAAAUUCAUCACAGCUCAAACAAGAUGUAAUUCUUUGCCACAUUACUUAGAAAAGAUUUAUAACGCAACUCGAACAUACGCUGGAGACGAAGACGGGAUCGCUCGAAUCACGAGAGAAGCGAUCGAGGAUAAAGCCGCAGACGGUGUGGUUUAUUUAGAACUCAGAUACGCUCCACAUCUGUUUGCUAAUUGUGACGUUGAACCCAUGGUGCAUGCCGAAGAGAGGGGAAGACUGCGCCCUAAAGAUGUUAUGGACAUUGUUAAUAAGACAGUGAAAGAAUGUGAAAAUGAAUACGGAAUCAGAGUUACUACUAUUUUAUGUGCUCUUACACCGUUCGAAUGGGGAGAAGAAACAGCGAAACUAUGUCAGGAAUACGAAUCACAUGGAGUUGUUGGUAUCGAUAUUGCUGGCCCAGAAGGAUCGGAGGAUUUCCCCUUACAUUGUCAACGCGGAUUUGAAUUUUGUAGAAUAAAUGGAAUACAUCGAACAGCACAUGCUGGCGAGGUUGGACCUGCAGGUCAUGUCAAAAAAGCGAUCGAACAGUUACAUGCGGAACGGAUUGGACACGGAUACCGAAUGUUAGAGGACGAUGCAUGUUAUGGAAUUGUAAAACAACAUCGAACACAUGUCGAAGUUUGUCCGAUGUCAAGUCAUUUUACAACAGGUGCGCCUGAAGACUGGAGUAAACAUCCUGCAAGAAGAUUUCACGAAGACAACAUUAAUUUUUCACUAAGUUCAGACGACCCAGGUGUCCAUUUGGCAUCUUUGAUCGGGGAUUAUGAUAUUGCAACUACUAUGUGGGGAUUCACGACACAGGAUUUAUUCAAAUUGAACUUGAACGCUGCUAGAAGUUGCUUCUUGAAUGAAGUUGAAAGAAAACAACUGGUAUCAGAUCUUAAGCGAGAAUAUGCUAAUUAUAACGACAUCGUCGUUGAAUAUGACAGCAUUACAUCAUCUUAAAUUACUGAUUUCAAAGCAACUCAUCUAUACUAUAGCCUAUUUCAAACAGCUAAUUCUAGAUUGAGUUCGUUUUAGAACUUGCAUCUUUUUUGUAAAAAAAAUUGUGAUUUGGCAAAACAAAAGCACGUCUUACUUCAGUAUAUGCGAUACAUCAAUUGAAAGCAAAAUUAGUGAUUUCAUGAAAAAAAAUGUCAAAGCUAUUUUCAGCUCUUUUGUGAAUUUAUCCAUGAAAUUGUCCUCGAGAACAUUUCGAUUGAAAAUGUGGAGAAAAAUUUAAAACGUAAAACGAACGUUUACAGUGUAAUUUACUGUAUAUUCUAUUAUUAUUUUUUUUAUUUUAAUCUUAUGAAGUUCCAUUGUUAACCUGGCAGUAUAUGCGCGUUAUAUCUUCUAUCUUUCGUUCCACUAAAGAGCAAAUAUUCAUAAAUUCGAUUUAAAGAGGGAUUUGACAAAGAACAAUUAUGUUAUACUGUGUUUUAUUAUUUUUGAUUUGAUUUUAAUCUCACGAAGUUCCACGUUAGCAAUUCUAAAUCUGGCAUUAUGUGCAUUUUUAUAUGGGUUAACUUACUUCAUAUUUAAAGAACAAAUCUUCAUAACUUAAACUCAACUCAAACUUUUAUAGGAAUAUAGAUUUCUUGCACUUUGUAGUAUAUACACACUCUUUAUAAGCUUUACUGCAUAAAUGUAUAUUGGUUCAAUCAUGUGUUUAAUGAACUAUUUACUUUGCGAUUGUGUCAUUGCCAAGUAUGCUCAAAUUUCCGAAAGAUUUAUGAUCAGAGUUAGGCGCGUAUAAGCCGUAAUUCAUAGUGCGAUCAGAAUUGUGCGUGUAUAAUCCGCCCCCUCAGUUCGGCAACUCAUUAUUAUUUGAGUUGUAAACUCGGCUUAUAUGCGAGGAUAUAUGCCUGUCCAUCUUCAUAGAAUUAUAUUAAAAAACGUUUAUUUGCUCAAUUUUCCUUUGAGCCAAAAAGAUCCAUACAAAUUUAUUAUCCUGUGUACACAUACCUGUCGAGAAGUAAUUUAAAAAUUAUAACUAUGCUCGUUCACAGCGGAUAUCAUAUGCUAUGAUAAGAAAUUUCAAUUUUUCGUUUUCCCUGAUGCCAAUGCAUAUGGUAUAAGAAGGCGCACCUAUGCCCAAGUGUCUCCCAAUAACGGUAUUUUUUUCAUGGUAUGUAUGACAAUAUUCUCAUGAUCUUUUUAAUGUGUUUCGACACUGAAGUCUUAUAUGGGCACUGUAUGAUCAUGCUUUUCAUCAUAGUUUGGUGUUUUUUGUUUCCUUUUAUGAUUUAUUACAGAUUGGUGUGUGUCUUUUCGCGAAUGCGACAAUUUGAAACUGUUUUCAGAAUUUCGUUGAAAAUGAGAAUAUAAAUAUAUCUAUAUAUAUUAUAUAAA